AUGGCUAUGGCGUUUCCUUCUUCAAGAAACGAAACGUCGUCGUAUACACAUUCUUAUUCAUCUGCGUUCGCUUCCUCAUCGGUAGCGAAUUUCACUCCUCGAGCGUCACCUGUAAUGAUGCAACCCUCUUCCUCCGUUAAAGUUAAACUACACGGUCACCGUACUACGCCGUUGUCUCCUCCGUCUUCGACCGUGAGAUUCUCUGUGGAACAACGGCCGGAAUCUUCCGAGCACCGAUCGAUGACUGCGACGAAGGAUUCAAGAAACAACAACGGUGUGUCUUCAUCUAGCGAGAAAACCAGAAGGUGCAUGUGUUCUCCGACGACACACGCCGGUUCGUUCCGGUGCGCGUAUCACAAACGGAUGGCGGAGCAAGAGCAACAACGGCAACAAAAACAGGAACAGAAGGUGCAGCAACAACAGCAAGUAAAGAAGGAGCAACAACAACAACAACGGCAACAGCAAACGGCGUGGUCAAGAAGCAGAACACUGAAUCUUCGUAGAUCGGCGAUGAAGAACUCACUGGUGCGAAUCGGAGUUGAAGGUGAAAUAGUGAAAAGGACUUUGACGAAUCCGAUUAGACCUUCGGCGCAUCAGCUUCGGCGCCGGGAAGCUUUUCAGCCGAAGCCGAGCCGGCUCUCUAAUAUGUCCAAAGCUUAG